UUCAGAGGGGCGUAACGGCUAACAACGCAGGCGCACAACACCGAUUUGGAAUUUCCGCCGAAAUUGAACGGAAUCCUAACAUUUUAUUGCCGUCAGUGACUCAAAUUUCCUAACCCUGUGCAAGGAUAACCAGAAAAUUUAAAAACCGCAUUUGUUCGGCAACCUGUGAACCCGGGCCUAUCCAUCUACGGCGAGACGACGACGCAGUGAAAUCACCCGCCAUUCGUAGCGCAUAUCGCCCGUAUCGGGCCCGAAAGUUCAGUUCUUUGACGUUACGGGGAGACGGAGGUGGACGGAAAACGAGUGUAACGACACGAGAGGAGAUUCGCGAUCCGCAAAACACUCGUCUGAUACGAAGCCGCUUCUGAAAAUUCGACACAACCUCCCCGCUACGUGUCGGCCGAGCUCGUGAUUCGGCCCGAAUUCUCUCUUAAAUGCGGCGGCAGUCGGCAUAGCAGAGAUCAGCAGCGAAAGGAAGAUGGAUCGACUCGGCAACUUGCAGGCUGGGGUUAAUGUCGACAUUCAACGGACUGACGGCCGAAUCCACACAGCAGUGAUAUCUGGAGUGAACCCUGAGACAAGCAGCGUCACAGUAGAAUGGUUCGAGAAGGGAGAGACCAAAGGGAAGGAGAUCGAGCUGGACGCUCUGCUGAGACUGAAUCCAGAUUUGCAGGAGUCUGUCGAAGAAGCGCAAAACAUCCUGCCCAGCAAGCUGAAGAGGAGAUUAAGUGCACCAGGGACCCCUAAGUCUAGAAUUAGCCGAUCCACCUCUUUGGUUCGCACACCGUCAAAUGCUGCGGACCACAACUUGAGGAUGUCAUCCAUUCCAGUGCGAUCUACCGCUGUUGCACUGUCCCAAUUCUCUCGUGAGAAAUUUCGUCCCUUGUCUCCACAAGAGGAGCGCAGACAGACAAGUAUUAUGCCACCCCCCAACAUCAGUGGUGCUCACAAGACUGUCCCUGACUUAAAAUCUCCGGGUCGCGUUCGAAGCAAUAGUGUGACGCAGAGUACACGCAGAAAGCUGCCUUCCAUCAAAGCUUCCCCUUCUUCAGACAACUUGUACAGUGCGGCCAAUCAUGGGUAUGUUGCCAAACAGCCUGUGUUGACAGCUAGAGUCGCAACCACUGAAGAACCGAAAGGCCAAAACACAAGAUCCAGAGCUGCAAGGCAGAACGGCAGAGAGACUAUGGUGCCCACACCUGUGGCUGUUGUGCCAUCAAAUGUGCCCGAGUGCAACCCGGAGCCAGUUCGCCAGAAUCUUCAGCCUUCAGCCAUCCCUCAAGUCGCUGCGUUGGCAAAUGGCAAACAGACUGGUGGCAGAAGGAGCAAUGUGGUUAAAGAAGUGGAACGCCUUAAGAAGAACAGAGAGGAAAGACGCAUGAAGCAGGCUGAAUUGAAAGAACACAAGGAGGCUAUUAUGAGCCAGGAUCCUGGAAACCCCAACUGGGAGUUCAUGGGAAUGAUUAGGGAGUAUCAAGCUGGUCUUGAGUUUCGCCCGCUGAAAGCCAACGACCCUGUGGAGACCCACCAAAUCACUGUGUGCGUGCGCAAAAGGCCUCUGAGCAAGAAGGAAUUGACUCGCAAAGAAGUGGAUGUGAUCACUGUCCCCACGAAAGACCAGAUGGUGGUCCACGAGCCAAAACAGAAGGUCGACCUGACCAAGUACUUGGAAAAUCAGCAUUUCAGGUUUGACUAUGCCUUUGACGACACUGGAAGCAAUGAGAUGGUGUACAGGUUCACUGCACAACCCCUAGUCCAAUUUGUAUUUGAAGGCGGCAUGGCCACCUGCUUUGCUUACGGUCAGACUGGCAGUGGAAAAACUCACACCAUGGGUGGAGACUUCCAUGGACGCACACAAGAUUGCAAGAAGGGCAUCUACGCUAUGGCUGCCAGCGACGUCUUUAAACUCUUGCAUUCCCCGAAAUACAAAAGCUUAAAUCUCAGAAUCUCAGCCUCUUUCUUCGAAAUUUACAGUGGAAAGCUGUUUGAUCUUCUAGCCAAUAAAGCCAAAUUAAGAGUGCUAGAAGAUGGCAAGCAGGAAAUCAUUGUGGUUGGACUCACUGAAAGAGUGGUGCAAAACGUGGAGGAUGUCCUGAAACUGAUUCAGCAUGGAAACAACGCUAGGACGUCGGGCCAAACAUCAGCAAACAGCAACUCUUCACGAUCGCACGCUGUGUUCCAAAUUGUUUUGCGGCCAGCAGACCAUCCAAACAAGCUUCAUGGAAAGUUCUCACUGAUUGAUUUGGCGGGUAAUGAGCGAGGAGCAGACACUUCCUCAGCUAAUCGACAAACUAGAAUGGAAGGAGCUGAAAUCAACAAGUCUCUGCUCGCGCUUAAGGAGUGCAUCCGUGCUUUAGGCAAAAAGGGUGCACACCUUCCUUUCAGGGCCAGCAAACUCACUCUUGUCCUACGAGACUCGUUCAUUGGAGAGAGAUCUCGUACUUGCAUGAUUGCCAUGUUGAGCCCUGGCCUUAGCUCUUGCGAGCAUUCGCUCAACACUCUCCGCUAUGCAGACAGGGUUAAAGAGCUUGCUGUGCAGGAUCCUAGUGAGAAUAAGGGCUCGCCAACAGCUGGUGGUGCUGCCUCUGAGGAAGAAGAGGAAGACGACUUGCGCCAGCUUAGAUCACUUAAUGAACACGAGCUUUCAGCAGAUUUGAUCACAUUCCACCAGGCUGUCUCCCAGUUGCAAAUCAUGGAAGAUGACCUUCUUGAGUCACAUGCCCGGCUGGCCGAGGAGUCUGAAAAGUGGUUAGAUCUAGAUAGAAGAUUCCUCACCCACACGGCUGAGGUAGAUUAUGAUCAAGAAGAGUAUUCGCAGCAGCUCCAGGAGUUGAUUGAAGAGAAAAUGGCAGCUCUGCAGCAGCUCAAGGAGAAAGUUAUAACAUUUCGGAAGCAACUGACUGCCGAGGAGCAACUGAGCCAGAGGAUGGUGCGGCCCACUUGGAACAACCACCACUGAGUUUUUCUCGACUCACACACAAAAUUCUCCCUUGCUCUAAUUUAUGAUGUUCUCUCUCUCUCUCUCUCUCUCUAAUUAUAAAAAAGCACUUUCUUUGAAAGACAAUAUAAAUUAACAUCAUAGUGUACUGCAUCGCUUGAUUGAUCUUAUCGUCUCUGAAUACAACAAAAUACCUAAUAUUAACGUGUAAGUUGCCCUAACGUAUUGCGAGGUGCUUCUGAAAUUAAUACCAUACACACCAUUUACUCAGUAAUUCUUAUUCAGAGUUAUUUAAGUUAUGCGUAACAAGUUCACUAAAUGAUGCGCGCAACAAUUUUAAUUGUACUGAACACUUGUUGGUUUUUUCUGAGAGGCGCUCAAAGUAUUGCAAAAUUACCUGGAUCGGGUUCUUAUGGCCUGAACACAGUGUGAAUAACACAGGUUGAUUGCCGAAUAAUUUGUCCUGCCUGUGGGCUUUGCUAAUGUAUUCGAGUAGUGAUUGAAGACUGACGACAACUUCAGAAUGAAACGUUGAAAGAUAAUUGGUGCAUCUAUGGAGUUUCCUAAUUUCACACACAAAACCAUCAAGGAGAACUUUUGGCUUGUAAUUCUAUUUUGUGUGCUUAAUCUUCAAAAGUCGUUUUCUUAAGUACAUAUUUAACAAGUUCUUAUUUGAUUAGUCACCAUUAUUUUUGGAAUGAUUUAAUUCAGUCUGUGUGACGAUUUUGUUUCCCUGUUAAAUUAUUUUAUCCCGAUUUGUAUUGAUACGCCUGAAAAUAGAUUUAUAUCAUUCCUAAAUUUUUAAUUUAAACCAUGGAAUUGUCAAAAUAAACAGUAUUCAAAGCAAAUCUAUUAUA